AGACCUGAAAGUGGCACAUGGCAGAGUGUGGCGAUGGAGACAGCAGCAAUGGGAGGCCGUACAGCACCCUAUGACAAAAUGGAACCCACCAGCAGUGUGAGGAGACCUGAAAGUGGCACAUGGCAGAGUGUGGCGAUGGAGACAGCAGCAAUGGGAGGCCGUACAGGGACCCAUGCACACUCUGGACCUGGCAGCAGCAUGAGGAGGCGGUACAGGGGGGGCCCAUGGCAGAUUACGGGCCUGGCAGCAGCAAUGGGAGGCCCGUAAUCUGCCAGCACCCUAUGACAAAAUGGAACCCACCCAGCAGUGUGAGGAGACCUGAAAGUGGCACAU